GACGCCGGGAAGCCGCGGGGCACUGUGGGUACUCCACCGCUUUCCCGCCCCGCUCUUCAAUUUGCGGCGCUGUCGUAAAGACGCGGACCGGGCUCUCGCGACGUUGCUUGACGGCCGAGACCGUGUCCCGCUCUCUGAUUGGCUCCGCCGGGGCCGCGCCGCGCUCUGAUUGGUCCCGCGCGGGGCCGGGGGCGGUUUGAGCGGCACAACCCGGCGCGGCGGCGGCUCCGGGACUCAGGCACGAUGCUGCCCCUGUCCCUGCUGAAGACGGCGCAGAACCACCCCAUGCUGGUGGAGCUGAAGAACGGGGAGACGUACAACGGGCACCUGGUGAGCUGCGACAACUGGAUGAACAUCAACCUGCGGGAGGUCAUCUGCACGUCCCGGGAUGGAGACAAGUUCUGGAGAAUGCCAGAGUGCUACAUUCGUGGCAGCACGAUUAAAUACCUGCGUAUCCCCGAUGAAAUAAUUGACAUGGUGAAAGAAGAGGUGGUGUCCAAGGGCAGAGGCCGUGGUGGGAUGCAACAGCAGAAGCAACAGAAGGGCCGUGGUGUUGGAGGUGCUGGACGAGGUGUGUUUGGUGGCCGUGGCCGAGGAAUACCAGGCAGUGGAAGAGGCCAGCAGGAAAAAAAGCCAGGCAGACAAUCAGCAAAGCAAUGAGAGGCUGUCUGCACCCUGGCCGGGGACAGUGCUGCGAUGCCGUUUGGUUUUUAUCACCUCAGGAUUGCCAUGUGUUCAAAAGCGUUACCUUUCUACUCUUCCGUCAGUUGAUCAGUGCCCGAAUCGUGUAGUUUGGAAGCCCCUCGCAAUUUAAUCUCGUGAAGUGGAGUUAUUCACUCCUUGUAGUCAGCAAGUCAUUGGAAAUAUUUAAAAAAUCAUUCCUGGUUAAGGACCUAAGUUCUGCCUUCUCCUGAGAGUGAAAACACUCUUUACUUUUUCAGGGUCCCCAGGUUUAAUUUAAAAGAUUAUCCUGUACAGUGGUAUAAGAAUGAAGGCAAACACUUUA